AUGUUUUCAACGGGGGCAGAAAUUGGAUUUCGUGCACAUUCUCUCGAUGUGGACAUCACCAGCAAUGUAGAGAUCCAGACGAACCUCAACUAUACCUUGGCCUUCUAUGGAUAUCUCGACCAUGUAUCCACGCCCGCAGCCUUUGAUCCAUUGUCUGACAUCCCCGUGGCCUCUACAUUGUACCCACCAACAAAUGGGUCACCCAGUGAGCUUCUCCUCGCGAUUGGCUCUGCCGGACUGACUACCGAGGGUGUGUCCUACGACGGAACGUACUCGACCUAUCUCAAGGCCGCUGCCUCUGUGUUCGGAGGCGGUACUUUGUUAUGUGCCUCAAGGUAUCAUUCCGAACUUAGUGACCAAAGGCAAAUCACAAAAUGGAGGGAAUAUGCUAGGUCUGGAGGCCACACCUCAACUCUCGACACUCAGCCAAUCGGUGGUGACGAGUACGGUGGACUCAUUGCUUGCCAGUCUCACCUCCAGCGCAAAGUCGCAGGGUCUUUUCUCCCUUAUAUCUCUGUCAACGACGCUGGUCCCAACUAA